AUGCGAGCAUUGCAGACGAGUCGGAGGAUUCGUACAGUAUAUCCGCCAUGGUACUGUAAGCCGCCCGCAAAUUAUACUGUCCAAACAUGGCGCCACCACGCCAUUGUGGUAGAGAUUUUUGUAUUGUUGCUCUAUAAAAGGGGUCCAUGCACUGUCUCCUUUCAACAUAAUACAAUAUUAUCAGCAAUUGAGGAAUUGAGCUACAUACUGUACUAA